GCUGCAUCUUCGUACUAGCAUUAUAUUGGGAGAUUGCAGUCCCUCCCACCCUCUUGGCGCUCACACUUUUUCGUUUUAUCCAUGCGCCCAAUUUUGGAGCCAGCCCUCCAGGAUCUCCUGGCCAAUCAAGAGACCACACAUUGUUGCCUAAGAAACCCCGGAUGCCAGCGAAAAGAUUUAUAGGCGGUGAUUGGACUACUGGAAGGGGUGGGGGCUAGACAGAGUCAAAGAAACAGCAACUAUGGCAACACCAGCGCCAGAGGCUUGAAGAGAAAGACGAACCAAAAGAGGUAUAGUUUUUCUUAUGGAAGAAUAUCCAGUUAUUUCAUGAUGGCAUUUGCACCUCCAAAAAACAUAGGUGGUCCCAAAAUGCAGGCAAAGAUGAGUACCUGGACACCCCUAAACCAUCAGCUUUUGAAUAACCGGGUAUUUGAAGAAAGAAGAGCUCUGCUUGGAAAAUGGUUUGACAAAUGGACAGACUCUCAAAGGAGAAGAAUCCUGACAGGGCUGUUAGAACGCUGCUCCCUGUCACAGCAAAAGUUCUGCUGUCGAAAGCUUCAGGAAAAAAUUCCAGCAGAAGCUCUGGAUUUUACUACCAAGCUUCCAAGGGUGUUAUCUUUAUAUAUCUUUUCUUUCCUGGAUCCCCGAAGCCUUUGUCGUUGUGCACAGGUGAGCUGGCAUUGGAAGAACUUAACGGAACUGGAUCAGCUCUGGAUGCUCAAAUGUUUACGGUUUAACUGGUACAUCAAUUUCUCUCCAACUCCCUUUGAGCAGGGUAUAUGGAAGAAACACUAUAUUCACAUGGUGAAAGAACUCCAUGUUACCAAGCCCAAGACACCUCCAAAAGAUGGGUUUGUGAUAGCUGAUGUUCAACCAGUUACAAGCAGUUCUCCAGAGGAAAAGCCAUCCCCUUCAUCAGCUUUCCGGUCCUCUUCCUCUUUGAGAAAGAAGAACCACCCAGGGGAGAAAGAACUCCCACCCUGGCGAUCCUCUGACAAACAUCCAACUGAUAUCAUUCGCUUCAAUUACCUGGACAACUGUGACCCCAUUGAGCAAAGCUGGCAAGGAAGAAGGAAAAGACACGAAAUGACCCCAGAUUUCAACCGACAGUCACGUGAUAAGAAAAAUAAAUCACAGGACAGAUCUAAACUAGGAAAAGCACAGUCACUGAAGCAGAGUAAGCUAGGAGGAAAAGAGAGCACCCUCUUCGUCGGUGUCACCUGGAGGGGUGAUCAGACCGUCCGGGCAGCCUUCUGGGCUCGUAGGCAGACAGAGGACAGCAGGGGUCCUCUGCACAGAAUCCCCAGAUGGUAAAGUCCCGGAAGCAGCUCCAUCCUGGGGGUGAAGCAUUCACUCAGCUGAAGCCAGGAUGAACAGUCACCCCGCUUAGACUCUCCUCCUGGAAGGAAACCCUUCUGGGGCAGGGUCCUCCCCAGACAUCUUCAUCCCCACCAGUGGCCGUUACUUGUCACUCAGCUCCCAGCCUACGCUUAGGCCAUUUACAGGGGUGAGUCGAAGCUGUGUUUAUAUGACUAAAAUGAAAAACUCCUGAUUUUAUGACUUUCAAACGCAAUAAUCCAUAUUUACAUACAGUAUUACCACAUCACCCCUGAACUGGGAGUCAUCAUAAAGUGCUGAGGGUAGAUUUUUUUUUUAAGUCCUUAUUGAAUUUGUUACAAUAUUGCUUCUGCUUUCUGUUUUGGUUUUUUGGCCCCGAGGCAUGUGGGAUCUUAAUUCACCGACCAAGAAUCGAACUCGCGCCCCCUGCAAUGGAAGUGCAGAGUCUUAACCACUGGACCGCCAGAGAAGUCCUUUUUUAGCUUUUUAUUACCACAUCACAGGCUUGGGAAGAUUAAAUGAAGUAAUAUAAUGCCCAGCAGCCAGAUAUUUGCAAUUAUUAUUGUUGUUGGUGGUGGUGUUUCUAGAAGAGUGAUUGGCACCCUACAGGGCUAUCACUGUUGUGAUUCUAUUUAUCUGUUUUCCAUAUCCAUCUACAGUACUCCUUUUUUGCCGUAC